AUGCUGCCUCUGCUGCUGCUCUCUCUUUUCAUCUCUUUUCAUCAAUCCUUCUCUGAAAGCAACAAACAAACAACAACAAAGAGCUGCAAACUGCAUGAGUUCAACACUAACAUGGAAAACUUGGGAAAGGUUGUGCAGGUAAACCAGAAUAAUUAUGAUUGUGUUUAAUGGAUGUAAUGCACCAUCUUUUUCUUUGAACAUGUAGUGAUGAUGGGGAGGCACAUUUUUUUUGCAAUUGUUUUAGUUAUUUAUUUUUUAUCUUUGUUUUGUUAAUGGUGUGUAGUUUUAAAGACGACAUCGGGCUGUGUUUAAAUGUGUCUCAGUUAAUCAUCUUUGAUGUUUUUUGGUGCAUUUUAGGAACGUUUGAAUACUGCAAAAGCAAGAAUCAGCCAAUUUCUGAUCAUAUGUGGCUACUGCUGUGAUUUAUUUUUUCUUUUAAUUUCUCUUUAGGAUUUGCAGAUUUUGCAGAACUGUUCUUUAAACUGCAGCUUGGUUCCUGUUACUGUAAGUUUUUGUGUUAUUUAUUAUUUUUCUUUCACUUGUUUUGGCCUUUGUCCUUUUCUGUCGCUCUUUCUUGGGCGUCUGCCUCUGGACUUUGCCCUUUACCAUUUUCAUGUUUAAAAAAAUAUCUUUUUUAUUUAAUUUAAUUAUUUAAAGUAUUUUAUCUCACCCUCUAUUAUUUCAGUCUUUUUUAUUAGAUAAUUUGCAGUGUUGGAAAAUGAGGCCACUGUAGAGGUACACAAAACUGUAGUUCCUGGAGUGUCCACUAGAUGCUGCCUCUAAAAGCAAGUCAAUCUGUAUUCUGCCUGAUAGGAAAACAGCAAUUUCAAGAGAGGAACUUGACAUGUUUUCAAAAAUGAUUUUAGACUUGAUUAGUGAAGAGGAUAUUUUCUAGACACUGUCUAUUGUCUGGACUUAGAUUUUUGAAUGUGCUUUUAGGAAACCUAAAAAAGUAGACUUAAUCUAAUUACACUUCAAAAUGACAAGGAAGUAAGAGUGAGUACCCAAGGAAAGUGAUUUGUGUGUUGUGUAUUUCACUCUGUGUCGUCACUUUUGCAAUCUUUGUAAUAAUAUGUUUGCGUAUGCAGCUUUAGCACAACUUUACCACAUCCUCUCUGCUGUACCGUUAUCUCAUUUCUGCUCGUAGAUGCUGCAUUAUGUUUUUCAUAUGACCACACGUUUAGAAAGGUAUUUCCUUAAACGAUCUGUUUAUGCUCUUCCAUAGGAUAAAAUGUGUCAGUGUUUCAACCUCAGCUUGUCAGAGGGGGUAAGUUUUUUUUUUUUUGUCGCUGUGUGUUACAGAGAUAGUUAUCAUUCAUAAUGUAAGAUACAGUAAAUGCUCGUCUAGAGGAUCAUGAGAGUCACAGUGGAAAAAUUAUCACGUAUUGGACUAACAAUAGAGGCGUCUCAUCAGGGGUUUCCCUAAGCUGAUAGCUCGGUAAUAAUUUGGGAAAUGAUGAAAGUUAUUGGUAUUAUUUUUGUUUCUACGAAAACAAGAAACUAAACAGUUCAUGGAGUAGGUCAGAUUUAGCUCAGCACAAAGAUCAGAGGCAGAUAAUCAUCAUUUACUGUAUGUUUGCUGGAUUUUCUCAAAUACAUCAUUUUUUAUCCCAGCUAACCCUUUUUAGUCACACACAAUGCAAACUGACAGAGGCAGACCAACAAAUACAUCCAAUCAGGAGUGUUCACAUAUUUUUAUUUGUUGCCUAUAAAAAAGUUUGCUUUAGAGUCAAAGUCAACUGCUGACUCCUGAAGCUUUAAAAAUCUGUGUUGAGGCUAAUCACAAGUGGUGAAACACAUUUAUUGUCAAGCUGUCUUGAACGGCAAACACAUAUUUUACAGAAUCGCAUCUUUUGAGUGACAUUUGUGGAGCCACAUCACCUCUGUGUGAGCGUGAAUGAUCCACUCCAGCACUCCAGUCUAAUAGCGCUGAUUCAGAGGCUGGUGGUGUUUGUGUUUUAUCCUCUGGCGUUGAUCAUUUAUUCAUUUUUAACUUUAACCGCUCAGGCAGCAAUGCAGACUUGGCUUGUCCUGAUGCGUGAACACUGCAUGUGUUCCCAGUGUUCAUGCACAACAAUGUGUCCUUUUAAGCUUGAUCAUUUGAUUGUUUUUUGUCUUUUUUUUGCAUUAUGAUUAACAUGAUGGAUAAGACGCUAUCUCAGACAACAAACAGCACCCUGCACCCUUACAUUAAAUACAUAAAUAAACAGUAAAGUUUAGCUAUGGCAAAAGCUCAGUAUGGGAAUUUAUUCAAUGAACUUAGUUUGAAAAUGUCUAUCUGAAAAUCUCUUGUUUUAUGUCUUCAAAUGUGACUUUGUGUCCCUCAACUUUACAGAGAGCCUCAUCUCUACAAAUUUUUUUGCACAAUUUUUUGACCCAGUGCAACAUCAAUCUUUUUCUAUCAACUAAUAUGAUUAUGUUGUGUGUUCUGGACAGGAGCUGUCUUUCCCCGAGUAUUUCACUAAAGGUUUGAAGUCCUUUUACCUCACAUCGCGUACUGGCCGGACAGCCAUCAAAGACCUGAUCAAGAUACUGGAACGAGGUCUUAAAGGGUGUGAGGUGAGUACUGAUAAAUAUUUGAGUACAAAAAAGUUACAUUUAUUAAUUGUUUUCUGGGUUGUUUACUAUAAUGAGAGUCUGGUGAGGGUGGUGUUAUAUAUAAGGUAAUAGUAAUAUCAGUAUAGUUAUACAUAUAUAUAUAUAUAUAUAUAUAUAUAUAUAUAUAUACACACACACACACACACACACAUAUAUAUAUAUAUAUAUAUAUAUAUAUAUAUAUAUAUAUAUAUAUAAAAAGGUCCCAUGUUCAUUUGCCAUAACAGAGGCCGACAUGCAGACAUUAGUUUAAUCCUUCCCUAGUGCAUGUGGGAUGAGGACAGUAGUCCAGUAAAAUUGGCUAACUGAGCUAACACUUAGCUAGGCGUAACUCUGCAUGUAGAUAGACUGAGAGUCUGUCAUCUUUCCUCUCACUCUCUACUAAUCUGCAGGAGCCUCAUUUGUCAACUAAACUGUCAACAUUGCUUUGUAAUCCUUUAUAUAUACUCCUUUAUAUAUCAGCAUCAGCAUGAUAUAACCUGUCAGAGCGCAGUUUUGAGAAAAAUAUAUUCUUUAAACUUAACUUUUGACUGUAAAGCUUGGCUAACGAAGAGAGUGGGAUUUAUGCCCUUUACUGCAGCUAGGCUGUAGGGGGAGCUCUAAAAGUUUUGGCAUAACUGUAAUGUAAAUGAUAAACAAAUAUAGAUAAUGUGUUGUGCCACUUUAUUAACAUUUGUAUAUUUUCAUUUCCUUUUCUGGUAAAGAUCGGCUCGCUGAAAAUCAAGUAUGAGACUGUCCUCUCACCGAAAAGCUUCUGGAAGAAACUGGAGUCCCUGGCGCGGCAGGUCAACUACAACCGGGCUGUGACCUCCAACUCUAAUCAGUAA